CUAGGAGGUUGUUUCAUGCAGAAACAAGCCUGCACCUCCCUACAUGGCUGUAGGACUCUUGUGCUUUGCGUGCAGAGGGUUCGGACGGAGCAGCAGCAGAUCUGAUCGUCGGACUCUCUUGACCUCCUGCUGAAAGUCUUUGAACCAGACGCCGGUACUGUCCCAGGAAGAGAGAAACCCGAGAGCCAUUACAGCAUGGAGGGGAGGCGGGGUCUUCUCCUCAGCCUCAUCAUGGCGGCGUGUUUCUACGGCAACACUGCUCAGAUCACUCAGAAGACAGUCUGCACUCAAGAGGCUGUAGCUGACAUCGUCUUCUUGGUUGACGGGUCGUGGAGCAUCGGCACUGAGAACUUCAAGCAGAUCCGUCAGUUUCUGUACACACUGGUCAACAGCUUUGACGUCUCACCCGACCAUGUCCGCAUUGGGCUAGUCCAAUACAGCAACACUCCACGCACUGAGUUCCUGCUCAACACCCAUCAGAACAAGAAGGAUAUCCUCCAGUACAUCAGCAAGUUGCCUUACAUGGGCGGUGGUACCGAGACAGGUCAAGGCUUAGACUUCAUGCUGAAAGAGCACUUUGUGCAGAAAGCUGGGAGCCGAGCUGGCCAGAAUGUGCCGCAGAUCGCUGUGGUGAUCACCGACGGCAAAUCCCAAGACAACGUGGAGUCCCACGCCCAGGAUCUGAAGAGAAAGGGAAUUGUUUUGUAUGCCAUUGGUAUUAAAGAUGCAGACGAAGACCAGCUCAAAGAGAUAGCGAACGAGCCGCACAGUCAGCAUGUCUACAGUGUGUCCGAUUUUGCAGCUCUGCAGGGAAUUUCUCAGAGCAUCAUCCAGACACUUUGCACGACUGUUGAGGAAGUCAAACGUCAACUCCUACAAUUGUCUCAAGAAUGUGCCAAAGCCACCGUGGCCGACAUCGUCUUCCUGGUCGAUGGCUCUUCCAGCAUCGGCCUUGAUAACUUUCAAGAGGUCCGGCAGUUCCUCCGAAGCGUUGUCACAGGCCUUGACAUCGGCCCUGACAAAGUCCGGGUUGGCUUGGCUCAGUACAGUAACGAUCCUUACAAGGAGUUCCUGCUGAAGGAUCACAUGGACAAGAGUUCUCUACUAGCUCAGUUGGACUCAUUUCCCUACCGAACAGGAGGCACAGAAACGGGCAAGGCCAUCAACUUCACCAGAGAGUACUUCACUGAAGAGGCGGGGAGCCGAGCCAAGGAACGGGUGCCUCAGAUCCUCGUGGUCAUCACAGAUGGUGACUCCACAGACGAUGUGACAGUGCCUGCUCAGCUUCUGAGGCAGCAGGGAGUCAUAGUGUUUGGCAUUGGUGUAGGACAAGUCAACCUGCAGGAGCUUGGGUCCAUCGCCAAUCGGCCAUCAGAGCGCUUCCUGUUCUCCAUCGAUAGCUUCCAGGCUCUGCAGAGGCUGACGGACAGUCUGCUGCAAACAGUUUGCAUCUCCGUGGACGAUCAGAGGGAAGCCUUGGCAGAAAAGUUUGCGGACAUCUUCUUCCUGGUGGACAGUGGCCUCACUCCUCAAGAGUUCCAGCAGAUCAGGGGCGUCCUCAACCGAGUGGUCAAUCAGGUUAAAAUUGGAGCGUCCGCCUACCGUCUGGGUCUGGCUCAGUAUGGUCAAGAUGUUAAGGUGGAAUUUCUUCUUAAUGCUUUCCAAACCAAAGAGGAAACCCAAAAUGGCAUUAAGCGCUUUCGCCAUCGCAGACUGCAAGCCAACGAGCCUCGUAACCUGGGCAACGCAUUGCAGUAUGCCAACACUCACUUUUUCACCAGUGAGGCAGGAAGUCGGGAAGACCUAGGCUACCGGCAGUACCUGGUUGUCCUGAGUGGAAAAGAUUCUGAUGAUGCCGAUGUCGUGCAAAAGGCGUCACGUCUGAUCAAAUCAUCAGGAGUAACUGUGGUGGGCAUGAGCCUUGGUGCUUCGAUGAAUGAAAUGCGCGUCGUAGGUACUGCACCGUACAUAUACCAGUUCACGCAAGUCAGUGCUGUGCAGAUUCUGAAGGGUAUUUUCGAAAAAGAGGAAGUGGAGAUCACUCUUACUGGAGAUUGCAAAGCCGCCAAACUGGCAGACAUUGUGUUCAUUGUUGACGAGUCCGGCAGCAUUGGAACCCCCAACUUCAAACUGGUGCGCACCUUCCUGCACUCGAUUGUGAGCGGCCUGGAAGUCAGUCCAAACAGAGUCCGAGUGGGCAUUGUGUUGUAUAAUGACAAGCCCGCAGCACAGGUCUACCUCGACAGCUUCAAUGUCAAGAGUGAAUUGCUGAAGUUCAUCAAAAUCCUGCCUUAUCGUGGAGGUGGUACGAACACCGGAGCUGCCCUAAAUUUUGCCCGAGAGAAUGUUUUUAUCACGGAGCGUGGAAGCAGGAAAGAUAAGGGGGUCCAACAGGUGGCAGUGGUGAUCACAGAUGGUGAAUCCCAGGACGAAGUGAGCACAGCAGCAGCUGAACUCCGUCGUGCUGGCGUCACUGUUUAUGCACUGGGAGUCAAAGACGCCAACGAGGAACAACUGAAUCAGAUAGCCUCUUAUCCCACCAGUACGCACAUGUUUAUUGUGGACAGUUUUACUAAGUUGAAACCAUUGGAGCAGAGCCUGCAGAAAUAUAUGUGCCAAAACAUCCUUCGGCAAGCAGUCUCCAUCAACACAAGAAGAACUGGCAUUAAAGAAGGCUGCAUGCAGACUGAUGAAGCAGACAUCUUCUUCCUGAUUGAUCACUCUGGUAGCAUUUACCCUAACGACUUCCAAGACAUGAAGAAGUUCAUCAUUGAGUUUCUACAUACCUUCCUUAUUGGGCCAGAACAUGUCCGUGUAGGGGUUGCAAAAUAUGCAGAUUCACCAAACCUAGAAUUUGAUCUAACAACCUAUUCAGAUUCUAAGUCACUGGAGAAAGCUGUGGAGGGUAUUAAACAAAUAGGAGGCGGGACAGAGACAGGAAGAGCUCUGACAUUCAUGGGUCCACAAUUUGAUAAAGCAAUGGCCACUCGUGGUCACAAAGUUCCAGAGUACCUGGUGGUCAUCACUGAUGGAAAAUCCUCCGAUGAGGUCAAGAUUCCUGCAGAAAAAUUGAGGGCGCAGGGCGUAACCAUCUAUGCCAUUGGCGUGAAAAAUGCAGAUAAAUUAGAGCUGGAAGAGAUUGCUGGCAACCCUAAGAGGACUUUCUUUGUCUAUAAUUUUGAUGCUCUGAAGCCCAUCAAAGACGACAUCAUCACAGAUAUCUGUUCUCAAGACGCUUGCAAAGACAGACCUGGAGACCUCAUUUUCUUGAUUGACAGCUCAGGGAGCAUCUAUCCAGAAGACUACCAGAAAAUGAAAGACUUCAUGAAAUCUGUCAUUAGCAAGUCUGUUAUCAGUCAGGAUGAGGUGCAUGUUGGCGUCAUGCAGUUCAGCACCAUCCAACAAUUACAGUUCCCCCUCGAUCGCUACUACAGCAAAGAUGAAAUGUUGCAAUCCAUGGAUGAAAUGCAGCAGAUUGGUGGAGGCACGCACACGGGUGAAGCCAUCACAAAAGUGUCACAGUACUUUGAUGCAAGCAGAGGAGGCCGUCCUGACCUGAGGCAGAGGCUGGUGGUGAUAACAGACGGUGAGGCCCAAGACCAGGUCAAAGGUCCCGCCGCAGCUCUUAGGGCCAAGGGAGUGAUCAUCUACGCCAUUGGAGUGAUGGAAGCCAACACCACCCAGCUGCUGGAGAUCAGUGGUUCACCAGACAAGAUGUAUGCUAAGAGGGACUUUGACGCUCUGAAGGACUUGGAAAGCCAGGUGGCCAUGGAGCUCUGUGUUUCAGAGGGAGAUUGUAAGAAGACAGAAAAAGCUGACAUUAUUUUCCUGGUGGACGGCUCCACAAGCAUAACUCUGGAAAAGUUUAGAAGCAUGCAGAAGUUUAUGGUGUCAAUGGUAAACCAAACCACAGUUGGCAAGAACCUGACUCGCUUUGGGGUCAUUCUCUACUCCACAGACGCCAAGUCUAUUUUUGAACUGAAAGAUCAUACCUCCAAAAAAGAGGUUACUAAAGCAAUAGAAGCACUGAAGUCCCCAUAUGGAGACACCUACACUGGGAAGGCUUUGACGUACUCCUUACAGUACUUUGACCAAGCGCAUGGUGGUCGGGCGGAUCUCCAGGUGCCACAGAUUCUCAUGGUGAUCACAGAUGGUGAUGCUACCGACCGUAACAAUCUGGUUGUGCCAUCUGUGGCGCUGCGGGAACGUGGGAUCAGCGUCUUCAGUAUUGGAGUUGAAGGAGCCAACAGGACACAGCUGGAGAUUAUGUCUGGUCAUGACACUUCCAAAGUGUUCUAUGUGGACAACUUUGAAGCCCUGGAAACUCUGUACAAGAAUAUCACUCAUGUCCUCUGCAAUUCCACCAAGCCAGUUUGUGAAAAACAGAAGGCUGACUUGGUCUUCCUACUUGAUCAAUCCGGCAGCAUCGACCCGCAGGACUACAUCACCAUGAAGAACUUCACAACAAAUCUAAUAAACAGCUUUAAAGUCAGCCAAGACUUAGUGCGUGUAGGAGUUGCCCAGUUCAGCAGCACUUUCCAGAAAGAGUUUUACCUCAACGAGUUCUACACUGAGCAAAGCAUCAGCAAGCACAUCUCGGAUAUGAAUCAGUCUGGUGGAGGCACCAACAUCGGAUGGGCCCUGGAUUCCAUCAAGGACUAUUUUAAGGCAUCAACGGGCUCCCGUAUAUCUUCCAAGAUCUCCCAGAAUCUGGUGCUGAUCACGGACGGUGAAUCUCAGGAUGAUGUGGAGGAUGCAGCUGACAGUCUCAGGAAAAUGGGGAUUGAGGUGUUUGCCAUUGGCAUUGGAGACGUCCACGAUCUGGAGCUCCUGCAAAUCACUGGUACCCCGGAGAGGCUGUUUACUGUGCAGAACUUUGGCAGCUUGGAAAAGAUCAAGCAAAAGGUCGUUGACACAAUCUGCAAAUCCAAACCCCUAGUACCUAGCGAACAAUCUGCUUGCUCCGUUCAUAUCGCCAUGGGAUUUGAUAUUACUCAAAGAACCGGAGUUUCUGGUGACAUGCUGGUCAGUGGCCACACAAAACUCGAGACCUUCCUGCCAGAGAUCGUCCAUUAUGUUUCCACAAUAGAAGGCCUGUGCUGCAUCAAACCCCCCGGUCCCAUCAAUCCCAAAAUCGGCUUUCGACUGGUAGCUCGUGGCGGACGUAUUCUGGAUGACAUCAGCUUUGAGAGCUACAAUGAAGAGACGGUGAGGAAAGUCAUGAGACAGCGUUUGACAGAGCCAACUUACUUCAACACCGCCCUGCUGAAAUCCUUUGGGGAGAAGUUCAGCAAGUCCAAUGCUGGCGUAAAGGUGCUGGUGAUCUUCUCAGAUGGACUCGAUGAGGAUGUGAUGAAACUGGAGCAUGAAUCGGAGCUGCUGCGACAGUCUGGAGUGAACACUCUGCUGAUUGUGGCCCUGGACGGAGCCCGUGAUUCCAACCAGCUGCAGAUGGUCGAGUUCGGACGAGGAUUCGGCUACAAACUUCCUCUCAGCAUCGGCAUGCAGAGUGUUGGCAGCACCGUCCUCAAACAGAUCGAUGCAGUGUCAGAUAGAGUGUGCUGCAACGUCAUGUGCAAAUGUUCCGGACAUGAAGGUGUUCGCGGCUCCCGGGGCCCCCUGGGGUCAAAGGGUGUGUCGGGGCAGAAGGGUUUCCCCGGAUACCCCGGAGACGAAGGCCUCGCUGGGGACCGAGGAUAUCCCGGGCCGAGUGGACCUCAGGGUGUGCAGGGUUGUUCUGGAAUCAGAGGGCCAAAGGGCUACCGAGGCCUCCGCGGAAACAGGGGCGAGGACGGAGAAGACGGACUGGACGGAGUCAACGGAGAGCAGGGAGUGACGGGCAGCGACGGAGGACGAGGAGAGAGAGGACACCCGGGAAAACCAGGUAUCCCAGGUAUCAGAGGGGAGGAGGGUCUGAAAGGACAGCGAGGACUGAGAGGAGAUCCGGGCGAGCCGGGCGCCGAUAACACCGUCCCUGGAGCCAAAGGAGAGUCUGGGAACCAAGGUCUACCGGGUACACCUGGACGGGACGGGCGGCCAGGUGAGAGUGGAACCGUUGGAAACCCGGGCGCGGAUGGGAGAAGAGGGUCACCUGGUGAGAAGGGUCCACCUGGACAGCCAGGAGCUGCAGGACUGCCGGGCAGCCCAGGUGCUUCAGGUCCACAGGGAGCCAGAGGGGUCAGAGGUCAACCAGGGCCGUCAGGAUUCCCCGGCCUACCUGGACCUCAGGGUGGACCGGGACAGCCUGGAAAGGCAGGAUUACCCGGACGCCGCGGACCAAACGGACAGAAGGGCCAACCAGGAGAUCCGGGUGAUAAAGGAGGUCCAGGCACGCAGGGGUCCAGAGGGACGCCGGGUCAGGAUGGCAGAGACGGUCACGGACCUCCAGGACCAGCAGGUGUCAAGGGAGAUCCCGGUUUCCCUGGUUACCCCGGUCUACUGGGUGAGGACGGCCUGCAGGGACCCAAUGGAUAUCCAGGACGUAAAGGGAACCAAGGACGAGGCGGAAACUCAGGCCACCCGGGAGAAUCAGGCGUGUCUGGAGAUCCGGGAUAUCCAGGACACACGGGUCCCAGAGGUCCUCCAGGAGGCAAAGGCCUGACUGAGUGCCAGCUGAUCACCUACAUCCGAGACAACUGUGCUUGCUCCAUGGGUCGAUCGGAGUGCCCGGCCUUACCCACCGAGCUGGUGUUUGCCCUGGACAUGUCCGCGGAUGUGACUGCGGUAGACUUCGAGAGGCAGCGCUCCGCCCUCCUCUCCCUGCUGGAGGACAUUGCCAUCUCCGAGAGCAACUGUCCGUCAGGCGCCCGGGUCGCCGUGGUGGCAUACAGCGCCUACACCAAGUACCUGAUCCGCUUCCAGGACUACCGCUUCAAGAAACAGCUGAUCGAAUCUGUGAAGAACAUCGCCCUGGAGAAGACGUCCAACCGUCGCCAUCUGGGCGCCACCAUGCGCUUCGUGAGUCAGAACAUCUUCAAGCGUGUCCGAGCAGGAAUGAUGAUGAGGAAGGUGGCCGUCUUCUUUUCCAACGGGCCUACGGAGGAUGCUGAUGACAUUGUCACCGCCAUGAUGGAGUACCGCGGCCUCAACAUCGUCCCAGCAGUCAUCUCUCUGAGGAACACUCCUGCUAUUGGUCAGAAGAUGGAGGUUGACGACUCCGGACACGCCAUCUUCACGGUGCUGAGGACGAACAUGGCUGCUGACCUGAGGAAGGUCAAGAACUGUGCAAUCUGUUACGACCCCUGCAGACCUUCAGAGGAGUGCGCCUUCAUCAAGGAACCAGUGCAGCCUCAGCAGGUCGACUUGGACCUGGUCAUGGUGUUGGACAGCUCCAGGGAGGUGCAGGCUGAUGAGUACGCUGGUGCCCAGCAGCUGUUGGGUUCUGUGGUGGAGCAACUGGCCGUGAGCCCACAACCCAGAAGGGCGGGCAACCAGGCCCGGGUGGCUGUAGUCCAGCAGAGCGGCACUCAGGUUUCCAAGCCGGAGUUUGGCCUGCAGUCCUACCAGAACCACAACCUGAUGAAGACCCAUCUUAUCAAGAAGAUGCAGCAGCAGGGCGGCUCCUCGGCGCUGGGACAGACGCUGGAGUUCACCCUGAGGGAGGUGCUCCGGAAGGCCACCCAGCCCCGGAGGAGAAGGGCGGUGCUGACGGUGGUGGGCACCCAGACGGCUUACGAGGACCGAGCCAAGCUGCACUACAUCUCCCAGAAGGCCAAGUGUGAGGGGGUGGCGAUGUUUGUGGUGACGGUCGGCGACCGCUACAACCGGACGCAGGUGGAGGAGCUGGCCAGUCUGCCUCUGCAGCAGCACUUGAUCCACCUCAGCAAACUGAACGCUGACGAGCAGGGCUACGCCCAGCGCUUCUUCAGGGUCUUCCUCAGCGCCCUCAACAAGGGAAUGAACCCAUAUCCUCCUCCUGCUUUGGAACAGACGUGUGACCAGCUGAAAAACCAAGGUGGAGGACAAGUCCUCAUCAACGGUCAGGGCCAGGCGCAGCUGGACCUGGAGGAGUUUGUGGAGGAAGAGCAGGAGAGGUUCGAGGAGCAGACGGGAGGACAGACUCAAACCGGACAGCUGGACAUCCUCGAGACUCUGACCGGAGAGGAAGGCCGAAGAUUUGUGUUUGGAGGAAACGCCCGGUGUCGGCUGCAGGCUGAUACUGGCAUCCAGUGUGGCGACUAUGUCCAAGUGUGGUUCUUUGACAAAGACGUCGGUGCAUGCUCUCCCUUCUGGUAUGGCGGUUGUGGCGGCAACGCCAACCGCUUUAACACGGAACAUGAAUGUUUCCGGACCUGUGGCGCUCACAAUCCAAACAUCCUGCCCAAGCCGGAGCUCGCCAGCUUCGCCUCCAAAGAUAACUGCUUCCUCAGCCAGGACCAGGGCAGCUGCGAGAACUACACCAUGGUGUGGUUCUUCGACACCGAGCAGAACGAAUGCUCGCGCUUCUGGUAUGGCGGCUGCGGCGGCAACGGGAACCGCUUCCAGACGCAAGACGAGUGCGAGAACCUCUGCCUGACGAAGAGUCGGUGAGGAGCAAAAAAAAAAAAAAAAACCCUCCACGCAUCUUCAAUGACAAAACCGCUGAGGCGUCCGAAUGAUUUAAAAACCUUUUACUCACAGCUGAGAGCUCGCCGACUGUGGCGUUUCCGAACGGCGUCACAGCUGCUGAUUAAAGAGCUUUUGAGUCGUCGUUGGGUUUUCUUUUGUUUCAAACCUUUGAACUGCUGGACGCUGAUCACACGACAGACGCUCGAACGUCUGAAGGUGAGGUCACACAUCGCAACAAGUUUGACUCACCUGAAGGUUUCAUGUAAAGAUACAAAGAUUAUACGCUCGUCUGAUCUUCAGAGUUUUGGUCUUUUGGUUUUGAAGACGUCGACCUGAUUCUGAGAUGUGACGUCGGGUUCGAACCUUUUCUGCUGCGUCCUGCUCAGACUCGAGAAAAACAUGGAGCAGGACGCGAGCUGAGAAUCUAAAUGUUCAAACCGAGCGACCAGAACUUUGAAAAUCAAACCCAGAUUUUCUUUUUUAUAAUAAUCGUGUGAAAAGGAUCAAACUUGAGCUCGAGCUGCUGACGGUUUGUUCAUGCGACAGUCUGUGAAGAUAAACAACAUGCCGGAGGGGAAGCAUGUGGCUCGAGUCCCAGUUUGAGGCCUUAAAAGGUCUGAACGUGUCUCUGUGACUGUCUGUGGUUCAUCAAACUGAUCAAUGGUGCUUCAUGUAAAAAACAACAAUAAAUAAUGAAUCAAUCCUGUAA